AGAUAUAUAAAUGUUACAAGUAACCAUUUUUCUUUGGCUUAAAAAAUACUUUGCAUCACUUUUCAUUGAACAGGUCAAAGAAAUAAUUGUGAUAAAUUUCAGCUUGAUCCGAGAUUGGUGUAGGAGAGAUAACGUGUACAAACUUUUGCCAGACAGACAGAGUGAGUUGAAAUAAGAUUCAUGAUGUUUCGUAUUUCUGUUGUUAUCACCCUUACCUUGUUUGCUGGAGUACAAGGGCAGACAACUAAUGAUGUAUAUGAUUACAUUCCCAAGUCAACUCUGGGGACAAACAUUAUAUAUCCAUAUGAGCAAUACAACACAGGUUUCUUUGCCUCGCCAUCUGGCCUGUUACAGUAUCUUCAAGAAGAUGAUCCACCAGUAGAUGUUCCGAGUAAUACCCAAAACCCUUCAUUUUCUGAAUAUCCACCGGAUAAACAAUCCUAUCCACAACCACAACCAUCCUAUCCACAACCACAACCAUCCUAUCCAAAACCACAACCAUCCUAUCCACAAUUUACGUCAUCCUCCCAAUAUACACCUAGCGUUCCUUACAAUCCUCAGGCUCAGCAACCAUCCAAUAUACAAUAUGCAUCACCUUCUCAAAAUGCAUAUUAUCCACAAACAGCUCCUUACUCUUCAAAUCCUAAUUAUCCCCAGGCUGUAUCUCCUCCCCAAUAUGCGUAUAACCCCCAAAUCUCUACGCCAUCUCAAUAUCAGCAAAGCCCCACCACCAGCCCAUAUCUUUCUACUCCCUCAGCUCAGCCCAGCGCAAUCGCCUCCUACAUUAUCUCUCAGUGCAGUAGCCCUUCAAUGCUCUCCGCCUACAGCGCCAACUACGCCGAAACAGAGCCAGCUUUCAAAGCCGCGUUCGUUAACUGCGUUUUUGAGAGCCUCGCAGCUUAUGCCCAAGCCAAUGGUUACACCGCAAGCGGCACUCAAGCUCCAAGCUCCCUAAACACAGGUAGCCAAGGAAACGCUGCUUACAGCAACCUAGGCAGUACAGGUUACGCCCCCAGCAACGCGUAUACAACUGCUACUCUAAAUCUUAAUCCGGCACCCCCAAUCCAAGCUCAGACCGUUUACAACAGCCCAACUACACCUUAUGUGGCUACCAACGCCCCCAGCUACGUUGCGUCGUAUCCUACAGUGACAGCGAAACCUUCUCCUAGCCAAUCCCAAGCCGUUUACAACAGUCCAGCUACACCUUACGUUGCCUCAUAUCCUACAGCAACUAUUAAACCUAACCCGUCAUCUCCAAGCCAAACUCAAGCCCUUUACAACAGUCCAGCUACACCGUAUGUCGCCACCAGCGUCUCGGGCUACGCCCCUGCGGUUACAGUUAAACCCAACCCACCAUCCCCCAAUUAUGUACCAAGCAGUUACCAGAAUGUUCCAGCUACAGUAAAACCUUAUCCACAAUCCCCUAGCCAGAGUCAAAACGUCUACAACAAUUUAGCUACUCCAUACAACGGCGCCACAUACCCUGCAUCUACAACUAAACCCAGCUACAUCCCAAGCAGCUACCAACCAAUCAAGGCAAGCCAACAACAACCUCCAGCUGUAUAUGCAUAUCAACCAGCUGUAAGCCGAAGCUCAUAUCCAGGUUAUUAUUCAUCCAACUCCUAUGAAAGGUACAGAUAAACAGAGUAGUCGAACACCGUCAAAACAGCGUGCACACUUCUAUCAUUAUCACACCUGUACAGAAGUCUACAAGAUAACUUCCAAAAGAUUACUUUGGAACUAAAGAACCAAGAACUAUGUAAUCCAAUUAACCCAUCUAGAUAUAGUGUAUAAUAAAAGAGCCCAAGAAUGUC